UCGAACGCGCGCGCGGCGGCGGAUCACGUGUCUCGGCCAUUCACUCCGAUCCUGAGACACGGUACCGUUUUCUUUUUUUUUUUUUCUCUCCUUAACGCGCUGACGUAACAAUGUUACAGUGAAAGGAAACGUGUGUUUUUUCCCUCUCUUUUCUGUCCCGCUUUACGGUUUAUAUGGAAAAAAGGAAUCUCGAUUAACGUGCAGUCGGCAGGGGGCACGCGCACAAUAACACACUUUUCGUAAUCAUCACUUGAGGAUUUUCCCCCCCACGUUUUUCAUUUAUUUAUUUAUUUAUUUCGUACGGAGGGGUCAGAGCCCGUUUGUGGGAAUUUUCUUUAUAUUAUUAUUAUUGUUGCUAUUAUUGCGAUUGUUAUUUUGAAGAAGCAGGGACGUCGCCUGUGUGUGUCCGUCCUCAUGCCGCCGGAGCGCGCCGAUCCGUGCCGAGCAGCGCUGAGCGAGGACUGAGCAGCGAGCGCCGAGCGAGCCGAGGACCCCAGGACCCCGCGCCCAGGAGCCUCAGCCUGCGAGCCGCCAUCCGCGAUCCGUCCGUCGCCCCUCGCCUCGGCCCUCCAGCCAGUGCGAGCUCUCCGGCGCUGCCCGCCGCGGAACCCGCGAACAUGGCGGCGGCGGCGGCUCCCGUCUAUUGCAUCUGCAGACAGCCGUACGACGUCAGCCAGUUCAUGAUCGAGUGCGACGCCUGCAAGGACUGGUUCCACGGCAGCUGCGUUGGGGUGGAUGAGGAUGAGGCUCCAGACAUCGAUAUCUACCACUGUCCCAACUGCGAGAAAACUCACGGCAAAUCCACCUUGAAAAAGAAGAAGAACUGGAAUAAGCAGGAUACCGGGCAGAGCACAGACGUCAAACCUGUCCAGAAUGGCAGCCAGGUGUUCAUCAAAGAGCUUCGAAGCCGGACCUUCCCCAGCUCUGAUGAGGUGGUCGUGAAGCUGAGCGGAAGCCAGCUGACAGUGGAGCACCUGGAGGAGAACGGCUUCACGGAGCCGAUUCUGGUGCUGAAGAAAGACGGCCUCGGGAUGACCGUGCCCGCGCCCACCUUCUACGUUAGUGAUGUGGAGAACUACGUCGGCCCAGACGUUGCUGUGGAUGUCGUCGACGUCACCAAACAAACCGACAGCAAGAUGAAGCUCAAGGACUUUGUCGAUUACUACUACAGCACAAACAGGAAGCGAGUGUUAAAUGUGAUAAACCUCGAGUUUUCAGACACAAGGAUGGCCAGCCUCGUGGAGAGCCCUGAGAUCGUGCGCAAGCUCUCCUGGGUGGAGAACUACUGGCCUGACGACGCCUUGCUGGGGAAGCCUCGGGUCACCAAGUACUGUCUGAUCUGUGUGAAGGACAGCUACACGGACUUCCACAUCGAGUGCGGUGGCGCCUCCGUCUGGUACCAUGUGCUCAAAGGAGAGAAAAUCUUCUUCUUGAUCAAGCCCACGUCCGCCAACAUGUCGCUGUACGAGCGCUGGAGGUCUUCGUCCAACCACAGCGAGAUGUUCUUCGCCGACCAGGUGGACAAGUGUUACAAAUGCACUCUGAAGCAGGGCCAGACGCUGCUCAUCCCGUCCGGGUGGAUAUAUGCGGUUCUGACCCCCGUCGACGGUCUGGCCUUUUCUGGCCAUUUCGUCCACAGCCUGAGUGUGGAGAUGCAGAUGAGAGCAUAUGAGGUGGAAAAACGGCUAAAAGUUGGCAGCCUCACUCCAUUUCCGAACUACGAAACGGCAUGCUGGUACGUGGGGCGGCAUCUGCUGGAGCGGUUUAAAGCCUUGCAUAAAGCAAAUAAACAGCCAGCCCCGUACCUGGUUCAUGGUGCCAAAAUCAUCAAUGGAGCCUUCCGAUCCUGGACAAAAAAACAGGCUCUUCUAGAACACGAAGAUGAACUUCCAGAAAAUAUGAAGCCAGCACAACUGAUUAAAGACCUCGCCAAAGAGAUCAGGAUUUCGGAGAAUGCAACGAAAGCCGUCAAGACGGAGCCCAGUUCCAAGGCAGCAGCCGAGGAGCCCCCGGCACCCCCGCCGGAGCCGGAGCAGGAGGAGCCCAUGUCCCCACCGCCCACCACUGCACCUCCGCAGGAGAAACCGUCCCGGAAGAAGACCCCCAAAUCGCCAAAACCACCGAAACCGCCUAGACCGCCCAAGCUCCCAAAGACCCCGAAGCCUCCAAAGACGACGAAAGCGAAGGACGACGACAAGAAGAAGGCCAAGAAGGCGAAAGACAGCGUCACGCCUGCGAAUGUCCCCGACACGCCCCCUGUCGAAUCUCAGACCAAGGAUGUCCCACCCAAGGUGGACCAGCCAAAGAAGGGAAAGGUUGUGAAGAAUGCACUGAGCGUACCAGAGAAGGAGGUCAGUAAGCAGAACAAUGUCGAUAAAUUUGAAAUCCGAGAGCAGAACAAGAGCAAAACUGAAGCAAAGUGGAAGUACAAGAACAGCAAACCAGAUUCACUGCUGAAAAUGGAGGAGGAGCACAAAUGGGAGAAAUCACUGCUGUCGGGAAACAAAGACAAAUUUGCUUUUUCGUUCUCUAAUAAAAAGUUACUCAGCUCCAAGGGCCUGAAACCGCAGAGCCACACGAGCGUGUUCGGCUCCCUGCAGAACCUCAAAGAGGACAAGGCCAAGGUGGUGAGAGACGAGUACGAGUACGUUUCCGAUGAAGGGGAGCUGAAGAUCGACGAGUUUCCCAUCCGGAGGAAAAAGAACGCGGCGAAGAGGGACCUCUCGUUUCUAUCAAGUAUUAAAGAACCCGUCCAGCAGUCUAAGAAACCAAAGCUUCAGCCCGCCGUCCCCAAGAAGGCUGAUUCAUCAGACGAAGAGUCACUGCGCAUAGACACAGAGGCCAAAGUGGAGGUGAAAGGUCGCAACUCAAAGGUCAAGAAGGAGAGUGCGAGUGCAACGGGGAUCCUGGACUUAUUACAGGCGAGCAAGCAAGUAGGCGGGAUUGACUACAGUACCAACAGUCAGCCACCUGCAUCCCCCAGCACCCAGGAGGCCAUCCAGGGCAUGCUGUCCAUGGCCAACCUGGCCUCCUCAGAGCCAUGCCCGCAGCAGCCCUGGGCCAACAGCCAGGCGAGGAACAACUCGCACGGAACGCCACCCGGGAGGAAGACGGCCGGGGGGAACAGCAAACCGGCGCCCAAGCGCCUCCCCAAGAAGACCCAGAAGGCAGUCGAUGUGGACAGCGUGGACAUGUUCGACGACGACCAGGACCACCUUGACGCCUGCUUUAAAGACUCCGACUACGUGUACCCAUCCCUGGAGUCGGAAGAAGAUCACCCGAUUUUCAAAUCGAGGUCCAAGAAGAGGAAAAGUUCGGACGACACUCCGUACAGCCCAACCGCUCGGGUGGGACCAUCCGUCCCCCGGCAGGAGAGACCGGCCCGAGAGGGGGCCCGAGUGCCCUCCAUCGAGACGGGGCUGGCGGCCGCGGCAGCCAAACUGUCCCACCAGGAGGAGCAGAAGAUCAAGAAGAAGAAGAAAAGCACCAAGAAGAAGUCGCCGCCGCCAGCAGAGGAAGCGCAGCAGGCUUCGCAGGGGAGCGGCUCCCUGGAGCCGCACCCGGACGCCCAGGACGGCAGCCUGGCGGACCACGAGUACACCACGGGGACUGGCAAGAGCACGGGCGGGUCGCAGCCCAUGGCGCCAGGAGUGUUCCUCACGCAACGGAGACCCUCCACCUCGUCACCUAGCAACACCACGGCCAAGAGCGACCGCGGCCUGACGGCAGACGCCAAAGCCAAGCGGCUAAAGAAAGGCAUGGCCACGGCCAAACAGAGACUGGGCAAGAUCCUCAAGAUUCACCGGAACGGGAAGCUCCUUCUGUGACGGACGGCGAGAGACAGGUCGUCUCCCGCGAUGCCCUGGGCCGCGUCCCGCUCGGACGUCCGUCCCGGCCCAACAUGCACAACGGCAGCGGA